CUGCUGUGGUGCACGAGUGAGCCGAGAGACCCCGGCGGUUCGUGUUCCUCCGAUAAAGCCGGAGCAGCGAGCCGAAAGGGGCAGUGCUGGUGUGGGUUAGGUUGGCUCUGAGCUGCUGCAAGCCGUCCGAGAGCAUUGGAAAACAAGCAGUAAGACAGACCGGAGAUGUCAGUGGUCGGCUUUGAUGUCGGUUUCCAGAACUGUUAUGUGGCUGUGGCAAGAGGCGGUGGCAUCGAGACGGCCGCUAACGAGUGCAGCGAAAGGAGCACCCCGUCUUUUGUGUCCUUGGGACCCAGAAAUCGUGCAGUUGGAGCUGCAGCCAAAAAUCAGGUGCUGUCAAAUGUCAAAAAUACUCUACAGGGAUUUAAAAGGCUCCAUGGACGGGCUUUUACAGACCCAUAUGUAAGAAAUGAGCAAUCCAAACUUGCAUACGAUCUUGUUCAGAUGUCAAAUGGUGCAACAGGUGUUAAGGUUUCAUACAUGGAAGAAGAACGAAAUUUUAGUAUAGAACAAGUUACAGGAAUGUUGCUAACAAAACUGAAAGAGACGGCUGAAGCUGCGCUAAAGAAACCAGUCAUGGAUUGUGUGAUAUCAGUCCCAUGUUUCUACACAGAUGCCGAAAGGCGGUCAGUAAUGGAUGCUGCACAGAUUGCAGGACUUAACUGUUUGCGGCUCAUUAACGAAACCACUUCAGUUGCACUCGCAUAUGGGAUAUAUAAACAAGAUCUACCUGCCCCCGAAGAGAAGCCAAGGAAUGUUGUUUUUGUUGAUUUGGGACAUUCGGCAUUUCAGGUUUCUGUUUGUGCAUUCAAUAAAGGUAAACUAAAGGUCCUUGCUACUGCUUAUGACCCCUACUUGGGUGGAAGAAACUUUGAUGAGAUUUUAGUAAAUCACUUCUGUGAAGAAUUCAGUAAAAAAUACAAACUAGAUGUUAAAUCAAAGAUUCGAGCUGUAAUCCGGCUUUCCCAGGAAUGCGAAAAGCUGAAGAAACUAAUGAGUGCCAAUGCAUCGGACAUACCAUUGAAUAUUGAGUGUUUCAUGAAUGACAUUGAUGUUUCUGGAGUAUUAAACAGGAACCAGUUUGAAGAGAUGAGCAGUUCGCUUUUUUCCCGGGUGGACUCUCCUCUUCGUAGUCUCAUGGAGCAGACUAAGCUGAAACGAGAGGAUAUUUAUGCUGUUGAGAUUGUGGGUGGAGCAACUCGUAUCCCUGCCAUCAAAGAGCGCAUUACUAAAUUCUUUGGGAAAGCCCUCAGUACAACCUUAAAUGCAGAUGAAGCUGUAGCUCGUGGUUGUGCUUUGCAGUGUGCUAUUCUUUCACCUGCUUUUAAAGUGAGGGAAUUUUCUAUCACUGAUUUGGUUCCAUUCCCAAUAUCCGUGAGAUGGAAUUCACCUGCUGAAGAAGGUCUUGGCGAUUGUGAAGUGUUUCCCAAGAACCAUGCAGCACCAUUCUCCAAAGUUCUCACAUUCUACAGGAAAGAAUGCUUUGACCUUGAAGCAGUUUACAGUUGUCCCAAGGACUUGCCUUAUCCAGAUCCCAAAAUUGGUCGCUUUACAAUUCAGAAAGUGGUCCCUCAAACUGAUGGGUCCAGUUCUAGAGUGAGGGUGAAGGUGCGAGUUAGCAUUCAUGGAACCUUCAGUGUAUCCAGUGCCGCAUUGGUGGAAGUACAGAAGUGUGAAGAAACAGAUGACGUACCAAUGGAAACAGAUCAGCAAUCCCAGGCAAAUCUAAAAGAGGAAGAGAGUAAAAUGCAAGUUGAUCAGCAGGAAGAACCAUCACAUGGAGAUGGCAGUUAUCCCCAAGGAUCAGCAGAAAAUCAGAAAAAUGAACUAGAUGAAAUGGAGACUGGUGAACUGGGCUCAAAGGAGGAUAAAAAUAGAGAUCAGCCUCCACAAGCAAAGAAGGCAAAGGUCAAAACAAAGACAGUGGACCUACCUAUAGAGAACCAUCUGCAAUGGCAAUUGGGUCAGCAACUAAUGAAUGUAUUCAUUGAAACUGAGGGUAAAAUGAUCAUGCAGGAUAAACUUGAAAAGGAGAGAAAUGAUGCAAAGAAUGCUUUGGAAGAAUAUGUCUAUGAAAGUAGAGAAAAACUAUGUGGAAUCUAUGAAAAGUUUGUCAAUAAUGAUGAACGAAGCAAAUUAAGCCUUCUAUUAGAAGACACAGAAAACUGGUUGUAUGAAGAAGGGGAGGAUCAGGGAAAGCAAGUGUAUAUAGAUAAAUUAACUGAACUAAAGAAACUUGGUCAACCAAUUCGGGACCGCUAUCAGGAGUUUGAGGAUUGUCCUAGAGCCUUCGAUGAGUUGGGGAGGCAAGUGCAGCAGUACAUGAAGAUUAUAAGCUCUUUCAGAAACAAAGAAGAGCAAUAUGAUCACUUGGAUCCAGCAGAGAUGGAGAAAGUGGACAAAUAUGUUCAAGAAGCAAUGGGGUGGAUGAACAGUAAAAUGAAUUUACAGAGUAAACAGUCCCUAACACAAGAUCCACUUGUGAAAUGUACAGAUGUUCGAGCCAAAGUUAAGGAAUUAGUCAACCUUUGUAACCCCAUUGUUAGCAAGCCAAAGCCUAAGGUAGAGCCUCCAAAAGAAGAAAAGGGAGGAGAACAGAAUGGACCAGUUAACGGAGAACAAAAUACUAACUCAGAGGGCUCCACACCUGCUGCCACUGAGAGUGCCCAGAAGAAUGCAGAGCAUCAACAAAAUCUACCAGAAAUGGACAUUGAGUAAAUGUGCAGUUGUCAGUCACACACAUUUGGUGAAGUUUCAAGUCAUGAAUCCCACAAGGCGUCUUUUAUUUCCUUUUUUUGGUUAAUGGUAAAACCUGAAACUGAUAUUCUUCAGCCCCCGUCAAAUUUUAGUAGUGUUUAUUUUUACCCUUCCCUAUCUUUGCAAUGGAACAGGAAAUAAUUCUUAUAACUGGGGCUUGACUAUUGAUUUUGUUAUGAAAACUAGUUCUGAUUUUGCUUGUGGCUUUCACAAAAAGAAUGUUUGCUGUUUAGACCUCUCCUUGCCGCCACCCCUCAUUGCAGAUGUUGCAGGAUUGUUAUGAAUUUUCCAGGCAAGCUUUCUGCUACUAAUUGGUAUGCUGGAUUGAAGUAUCUAACAGCAGUUCAGUAAGUCAUUCAUAUUUUGCUUCAGUGUUUUUUUUUUUGGUUGGCCUGUUUUGUUAGUUAUCGAUAUCUAUUAGAAACAAAGCUAUGUUGCCUGCCUUUUUAAAAAUUUCCAGUCUUCAACAAUUCCACCCUGUAUGUUUUCUUUUGAAUGCUACUGCCAUCUACUGUCAUUCACCACCUAGACACAUGUUGCAACACUGUUGUAUUGACGUCAACAUUAGUUUGAUCACAUCAAAGGAAUGUUUUCUGUUCAGUUUUUCUAAAAAUUCAUUGUCCAAAUAUUUGACACCUAAUACUUCAACCAUAAAUAUGUAUCAGAGAGGGAUACUUGCACAGUAAAGUUCUAGUUAAUGCUGCUGUACAGACUUUGCGCGCUCAACUGUGCUACUUUGAUCUGUGAUUUCGGCUUCUUUAAAAUUUCCAUAUUAUUUAAAAUGAGUAGACUUGUAGGGAAAUGUUCUUAUGGUGGUACUAAUUCAAAAUUCAAGUUUUAGGAGCAGCAAAUACAUUGAUACAAUCAUUCAGUGCAAUACACUAUUGACUUGCAAAGAAUAGAUACCACUUUUAUGCUUUGAACUAUUGCUAUAAGUGGUGCAUUAAAAAAAAUUGUACAGUCAACCUGAGUUCAUUGAAGGGAAUGCAUUCUAAAUAAUUUGAUCUGUUACCUGGUAAUGUAAAUUCACGGUAAACAAAUUGUGUUAUAAUUUCUGUUUGACUCACUUAAAGGAUAAUGGAUAUGUUUUGUCCAAAAAAGAUAAAUAAUCUGUAUUCAAAGAACCUAAUAGCAAUGGUAGUGGUUGACUUCGCCUGGGGAACAUUAGUUAAUAUUUUCCAAGGUGCUUUCUUUUUGGGAAAAGAUGAUGGGUUGGUGACCAAUUUUCGAACUCUAGUAGUUGACUGGUAAAUUUUGAGUAUUAAACUCUUAAGCGUGUCCCUUGUUCUGUAUUUGCUAACGAAAGGUUUCUCUCUGAAAUGAAGUACCCUUUACAUUUACGCAAUGCCCCCAGAACACAAGGCUUUGUUCUAGCAAAAUCCCAAAACAGUAAAUUGUUGCAGCUGUAAAUAUUGAAGGUGGCACCGAAUUAAAAAUAAAUCAGUUAGUUAUUUGUUCCCACUAUUUUUCCUGUGUGGAAUGAAGAUUGUUGUUUGCUAUAAGUGUCAUUAAACUGUAAAUUCGUAGAGGUGUAACUGGGUAUAAUCAAUUUUAUAUAGAAAAGAAUGGUCAUGGCAGAGGAAGGAAUGUAGCGACAGUUAUCCUGUGCAUAUUGAACUGUUAAGAAUAUGCCAGUCUUUUAAAUAUGCCCUUUCUCCUAUGUACUAUUUGCAUUUCAUCCUGCAAGAGACUUGUAUGUCACAUCCAGGUUACUUAUAAUUAUUUGUUAAUAGCUCCAUGUAAAGUACUGUCUUUGUAUGAUACUUAAAAGACCAUUUGAAAUAUCCCAAUUUGCUGAAAAAUUAGUCAGUUCUAUCCAUUAUUCAGUUCUUAUUGCAUAAUUAUUACAUACAGGUGGUAAUCAAUCAUAAUCUUCAGGAUGUACAGUUUCAAGGACGAAAUCUUGCAAAACUGUCAGCUAGCAUCCCAUGUUACAUGGCUUGAGAGUUGCUAUUCUCGCUGUAUAUUUACACUCACUAUUUCACUGAAAGGAGUGUGAAAUGCAAUAAAAAGUUGAAUGAAAAUUGUGUAUUUUUUA